GCGACACAAAACGGUAUCCCCCGGUGUCGUUUAACACGUGGUUUUGAAAAGCAACAAGGUUACAGAGCUGACACGCUAGAUCUUAUAGAUCCAUCGGAACGAAACUAAGACCUUCGUUCCGCCAUCUCCCCCUCAUCGGAACUGCCGUCCGCCACCGGGCAAUGGAAGAAUUGGACCAGUGGAAGGAACAGCUUCUCCACUUGUGGAGCCUAGCUGAAGAGCAACUCCGGCAGGUUCCCCCAGUUCAGCUCUACGCCGCCGCUGCCGUCCUCGUUUUCACCACCCUGCUGCUCCUAUCAUUGCGGUUGUUGAAGCGUGCCAAGUCCAACACCAUUGUAUUGACUGGCCUAAGUGGCGCCGGCAAAACUGUUCUCUUCUAUCAGCUUAGGGAUGGCUCUAUCCAUGGGGGGACUGUUACGUCAAUGGAACCUAAUGAGGAGACUUUUGUUCUUCAUUCUGAAACAACAGAGAAGCGGAAGACAAAACCCGUUCAUGUUGUCGACGUCCCGGGACAUUCUCGUCUUCGCCCCAAAUUGGAUGAAUAUUUGCCUCGGGCUGCUGGCAUAGUUUUUGUUGUUGAUGCUUUGGACUUCUUACCAAACUGCCGUUCUGCUUCAGAGUAUCUAUAUGAUAUUUUGACAAAGGGAAGUGUUGUGAAGAAGAAGAUUCCAUUGCUUAUUCUCUGCAACAAAACAGACAAGGUCACUGCUCAUACGAAGGAGUUUAUCCGCAGGCAGAUGGAGAAGGAAAUUGACAAAUUACGGGCAUCAAGAAGUGCAAUAUCGGCAGCGGACAUUAAAAAUGAGUUCACCCUUGGGGUGCCUGGAGAACCAUUUUCUUUUACCCAAUGUUACAACAAAGUUACAACUGCAGAUGCUUCUGGUUUAACUGGAGAUAUAUCUCAGUUGGAACAAUUUAUCAGAGAAUAUGUAAAGCCAUAGCUUGAUCUUAUGUAUGGAAAAUUAUAGAUCAUGUUGGGAUCGACAAGGUGAUUAGAUAGUUGAAAUCGUAUUGAUUGAACUGUAUUUUGAUUAAA